AUGAUCACUUCAAGCUCACUCACGGCCAGCUUGACACCCGCUGAAAAAUUCCUCAAAUUCACAGGCCUCACGAUCCCAGACCCGCCGUCGAUGCGGCCGGUCGAAGCGACGAGCAACCCUGAGGUCGCCCUCACGCACGUCGACGCCGACACCAAGUACUGCGGGCGCACGGCUAAGUCGGAGUUUGUACAGCUCUUUCGCACCAUGGUGUCGCGCCAGCACUUGGACGUCGAGCCUCGCAGUCGCGCGCACCAGCUCCCAGAGCUCGACCUUACCGCUUACAAGGCUGUGAUCCCCGAGGACGAUGACGAGCCCGACUUUGACACGAUGCUCUGCGAGCCGUUCACCGCGCGCCACGAGUUUGCGUCGCUGUGCCUCGAGCGCGAGCUGCCACCGAGCGCGGGCCUCUUGCUGCGCAAGACGCAGACGCCUGCAAUCGACAUUAGCCACUAUGGCAUGGGCGACGACCUGGCUAGAGUCUGGGCAGCGUCCAUUGUCGACGUGCCCAACGUCACGAGCUUGAACCUCCGCAACAACCGCCUCACCGACGCAGGGCUGCCCAGCAUCAUCGCCGCACUGACGGUCAAGCCCCGCAUCGCGAUUCUCGAUCUCUCCGAGAACAAGCUCGACUCGGAGUGCGUCGACGCGCUCGCAACGUACCUCCAGUUGCCCGUGUGUGCGCUGCAGGAACUCCGCAUGAGCCACGCCGAUGUCGACGACGCCGAGAUUGGUCCGGUGGUGCACGCACUCUACUUGAACCAGUCGGUGCACCUUCUCGACUUGUCGCACAACCUCUUGGGGUCCCACGAGCGCCGGCGCAAGACGCCCCGGGGCACGACCCUUGUCGGUGGCGAGGCCAUUGGCGCCAUGCUCGAGGCCAACACGACGCUUCGGUCGCUGGAUCUGUCGUGGAACACGCUGCGGCUCUCGGGUGCGGUGGCCAUCGGCCGCGGCCUCGGUCGCAACAACGCACUCCUCGAGCUUAACCUCGCGUACAAUGCGAUCGGCGAGAUGGGCGCGGCGGCCGUCGGCGUCGCGCUUGGGAGCAACGUAGCGAGCAAGCUCGAGCGCGUCGACCUUAGCGACAACAACGUCUCGGCGCAGGCGGCGCUCGUCUUGUCGCAGACGAUCCUUGUCAACGCGCGGCUGCGCUUCCUCGUUCUGGAUGGCAAUCCGCUGGGGAGCCAGGGCGGGCGGUCGCUCUUCCACGCGGUGGCGCAGUGCCCCAACAAGCAGCUCCGGAUCUCAAUGCAGCGCUGCAACUUUGAUCUAAAUGUGCACAAUGCGAGCAAGUUCAACCCGGACGACGUCAGCGGUCAAUACGAAUUGGACCUCGCGGUGCCGUACGAACGCAGCAUUGCGAUCGAGCUCGUGCGCUGUGCAACUCGCAAGAACGGAUGUCGCUUCAAGUCCAUUCUGUAUGUGCCGCCACCCAACAAGGCCAGCCGCCGCGCCUCGGCCAAGCCCAUGGCGGUGCAGGUGCUCUUGACGACAACGUCACCGCCAGGUAUGUUGGGCACGGCUGAGCCCCAGAGCCGGGCAGCGCUCGAGGCGCUCUUCCAUCAGCUCGACUACGAUACGUCCGGAGCCAUCGACGAGACGGAGCUGGCCCGCGGCAUGCGGCGCCUGGGCCUCGACGCGCGCGAGAGCGACGUGCGAAAGCUGCUGGCACGCUACGACCUCGACGGAUCCGGCACAAUCGAAGUCGACGAGUUUGUCGACAUGAUGAGCUGGCUGUACCGCCAAGCCGCGCUCAAGCUCCAGGCGCAGUCGGUGCGGCAGCUCCUCGACGUCCGCACCAACGAACCGUUAGAAGUCCCUGCCAUCGGUCACUGGAUCGUCGACUUUGUGGAUCUUCGACUGCCGGCGGACGCGGUCGAGGCCGAGUCGCUCACGGUGGGCGGUCUGGACCACCUUUUGCGCAACAUCCGAGAGAACGCCAACAAGGUGCAGCUCCUUCACGUAGCCAAGCAAGGCAUGGUGCUCUCAAGCGAUCAAGCGCAAACGAUUCUCGAUCACAUCAUGGAAGGGCUCGAUACGGUGCAUGCGAUGGCGUCGCUCCUGCCCUACAUGAUCGACUGCCGCAACGCCUGUGUCUUCAUCGACACCAACCUCAGCGAAGCUGCGCGCGGUCGGCUCCAGCAUUUGCUCUUGCAAGCCUACGGCCCGAUCGUGGGCAUGGCGUCCGACCACUACAAGCUUGACCUCGCCGAUGCGCUCGACCGGUCGACCGCCAAGAAGCUCCUUGAAAUGAACAACAAGUGCGCGCUCGAGUGGCCACGUCUGCACCCGCUCCAGCCCACAGACGAACGCUGCUUUCGGAAUGCAUACCACAGCGGCAGCGCGGUCACAUUGGAUGCAAAGAUGCUCACGUGGCGCUUUGGCGUGCUCGAGUUUGACUUUGUACAUCGUGUGCGCCCCCCGAAAGGAACGCUACCGCUCUCGUCGACGCGGUUCGCUCAAGUGCUUGCGAAGCUCCAGAUGAACCCGGUGAAAGAGACGCCCAAGUGGCGCAAAGUCGGCAAAGACGGCGUCAUCAAGCGGUCCCCCAAGGUCUACGAGCGUCUCCGAGAGCUUCGACAGAUGAAACACGCGCCGCCGGCCGUCGACCGCGCGGCAAUUACGUGCAGUGGCGAAAAUGGGACCGAGGUUGUUCUCACGGCGCGUCGGCUGCUCAUGGAGCUCCAAGCCGCGCUCUGCACGCGCUACGUGAGCGCGCAGCAAGUGCGCGGCAUCCUCUUGCAGUGGCCGCCCGAGUUUGCGGCCAGCCGCGUCGAUGCACUUGUCUUUAUGUUUGACCGCCUUGUGGAUUUGCAUCACUUUUACCAGAUCGAAGCGAUCUUGACCGACGCCGAAGUUGCGCAGUGCUUGCACCGUCUUGGGUGGCUCAACACGUGGACGCCGCUGAUUCCCGAAAUGUACUAUGAGCUCGACAUGGCGAUUUACGAAGAACGCGAAAUCACAAAAUAUCUGAUUGCGCUUGCGCUCGCCGAGCCGGGGGAAAACUGGAUUGGCGAGACCUUUGGGUGGACGCUCGACACGACAAUUCCGGGCUGGAAGCUCAACGCGCAGUGGACGAGCGACGAGACGAUGCCUCGGAAAGGCAUUCUGCGUCUCGAGUACUACUCUGGCGCCGACCAGGGCUGCUCGCCGAUCUGGCACGUGCGCCAGAACCUCUGCAGCCACAUGCUCGCGCACCCGCUGACACCCGACGAGCUCGACGACUUUCGCACCACCGUCACCAUGUGACCAUCAAUACACUUGCAAUCUAUG